CUCAUCUCACAACUAAAUAUUCAGUAGAAAGAGUGAAACAUGGCUAAUCACAAAAAUCUCUUCUUUCUAUGUUUCUUAAUAGGUUUAGGGUUAUGUUCUGCAAGACGGGCACUUCUCUCCUCAUCUGAAUCCGAGGCUGAAGUCGCUGCCUAUGGAGUGAAAAGUGGUUUAAGUGUUGGGGUUGGUAUUGGUGGUGGUGUUGGUGUUGGUGGUGGCGGCGGAGAAGGUGGCGGUGCUGGCUACGGUGGAGCUGGUGUUAUUGGCGGAGGUGGAGGUGGUGGACAUGGUGGUGGUGCUGGAGGAGGAGGCGGCGGUGGUCCUGGAGGAGGAUCUGGUUACGGAGGUGGAAGCGGUGAAGGUGGUGGAGCUGGUGGGCAUGGUGAGGGACAUAUUGGUGGAGGCGGAGGUGGUGGACAUGGUGGUGGUGCUGGCGGAGGAGGUGGUGGUGGUCCUGGAGGAGGCUACGGAGGUGGAAGCGGUGAAGGUGGUGGAGCUGGAUACGGAGGCGGAGAAACUGGUGGGCAUGGUGGAGGUGGAGGAAGCGGAGCAGGCGGCGGUGGAGGAGGUGGCGGUGCACAUGGUGGAGGGUACGGUGGUGGACAAGGUGGUGGUGCUGGAGGAGGAUAUGGAGGUGGAGGUGCAGGUGCCGGUGGACAUGGAGGUGGUGGAGGCGGUGGAAAUGGUGGUGGUGGAGGAGGAGGUUCUGGCGAAGGAGGAGCUCAUGGUGGUGGUUACGGAGCAGGAGGUGGAGCUGGAGAGGGAUACGGUGGUGGUGCAGGAGCUGGAGGACAUGGUGGAGGAGGAGGAGGUGGUGGUGGUGCCGGAGGUGGUGGAGGAGGUGGUGGAGGUUAUGCUGCUGCUUCAGGAUAUGGUCACGGUGGCGGUGCUGGUGGCGGAGAAGGAAGCGGUGGCUAUGUACCCUGAAAAAUAUCUCUAUGGAGCAUAACGGCCAUUGAGUGAAGUGU